AUGGUUGGGUUUUCAGUUCUCAUUUCUACAGCUUUGGCUGCUCAAACAGCUCUCGCGGGUUCAGUCAUUCGCUCGAGAACUAACUAUGCAGUUAAGGAGAGACAUUACGUUCCUAAACAAUGGAAGAGAGUAGCUCGUGCUCCUGCUGAAGGUAUCAUUAAUUUGAAUAUCGCAUUAAAGCAGAGUCAGUUCGAUGAACUUGAGCGACAAUUGUAUCAAGUUUCCGAUCCUUCUCAUCAAAAAUACGGUAAUCACUUGACCUCCGAUGAAGUCAAUGAAUUGAUUCGACCAUCAUCUCAGACUCUCGACUCUACUCACGAAUGGCUUCUUGACAAUGGAAUUGAUGCUUCAAGCCUAAGCUACAGCAGUGCAAAGGAUUGGAUUCAUCUCUCCAUACCAGUGGAGGUUGCUGAACGUUUGCUCAACACCGAAUAUCACGUUUAUGAACAUGAAGCUGGUGGUCAAAUUAUUCGUACACCAAAUUGGUCACUUCCUAUGCAUCUUCAUAAGCACAUUGAUGCUAUCCAGCCGACAACUUCAUUCAUGCGUGCUGCACCAAGAUCCAGCUACAACCCAAGAAAAACUAAGGCUUUGCCAAGACACAACAACAUUAUUGAAGGUCAACUUAGUGCAGAUCAUACACCAGCUGGCUAUACACCACCAUCAAAUACCACACUCUCGAAAAUAUGUGACGUUGCUGCAGUUUCACCUCAAUGCUUCCAGGCUCUUUACGGAACAGGAGAUUACAAAGUAAAAUCCGCUGGCAAGAACAAGAUUGGAUUCAACAAUUUCCUUGGAGAAGUCCCAAUUCGACCAGAUGACGCUUUGUUCUUACUCAAAUACCGUCCAGAAGCGGUAGCCUCUGCCUAUCAAUUUAAAUAUGUUUCAAUCAAUGGCGGCCCAGUUCAAAACACCACCCUUACAGCUGAUCAAUUGGAAAAUGGCUUAGGGAAGGAGGCCAAUCUUGAUCUUACAGCUAUUUCUGGAAUUAGUUACCCAACACCAAUUACCGCCUACUCAACAGCUGGAGAACCACCAUUCAAUGCAUCAGCUGCUGAGGAUUCUAACACCAAUGAGCCAUACGCUGAUUGGUUAAACUAUAUCUUGGCCCAGCCCGAUUCGGAUAUUCCUCAAGUCAUCAGUACAUCCUAUGGUGAUGACGAACAAACAGUUCCCGAAUUUUACGCCAAGCGUGUUUGCGAACAACUUGCUCAACUUGGUGCACGUGGUGUCUCCAUAUUAUUCUCCAGUGGAGACUCUGGAGUAGGAAGUAAUGGUACCUGCUUCAGCAACGAUGGAAAGAGCACCACAAUGUUCAUUCCGGAAUUUCCAACCAGUUGCCCUUACGUUACUUCCGUUGGAGCAACCAAAUUCUUUGAGCCAGAAGUUGCGGCUUAUCGUGCUACUGGUAUUGAUCCCAUUAAUGGUGUUUAUCAUGGUGGUUGGUCUACUGGUGGUGGAUUCAGUAAUUACUUUGCUAGACCUAGUUAUCAAGACAAGACUGUUUCUGCUUACGUCAAGAACCUCAAUGGAUCUUUUGACGGUCUUUAUAAUAAAUCUGGCCGCGCCUACCCCGAUAUCUCAGCCCAAGGUUUCUACUUCGCUUACGUCUGGAACCAAACCUACGGUUCCAUUUCCGGAACAUCAGCCUCCACACCCCUCAUGUCCGGUAUCAUCUCUCUCGUCAACGAUGCUUUGAUUACCAAGGGUAAACCAGUUCUCGGAUUCUUGAACCCAUGGUUAUAUUCCAAGGGAUACAAGGGAUUCACUGAUAUCCUUGGCGGAAGUGCAGUAGGAUGUGAUGGUCCCGGAUUCCCAGUUACAAAGGGUUGGGAUCCAGCGACUGGAUUUGGUACUCCUAAUUUCCCUGAGCUUUUGAAGUUAGCUGGAGCCAAGUAA